AUGGAACUGCUGGACAACCUGCAAGAUGAAAUGGUGGAGAUGGGAGUUGCAACAAAUAACACAACCUCUCAAUCCAGCCAAGAGACCAUGAAAAUUACAUUUUUCCCCUAUUACCAACAUUCCUUUUAUGUGGCUACAAGCUAUAUCCUGCCAUACAUUUUCAUCUUCUUGCUGUGUAUGGUGGGGAACAUUCUGGUGUGCCUGAUUGUCCUGGGAAGCCGUCAUAUGCGCACAGUCACUAACCUCUUCAUCUUAAACCUGGCUGUCAGUGACCUCCUGGUGGGUAUCUUCUGCAUCCCAACCACACUUGUGGACAACCUAAUAACAGGAUGGCCCUUUUCCAACAUCGUCUGCAAGCUGAGUGGUUUUGUGCAGGGUGUGUCUGUUUCUGCGUCAGUCUUCACAUUGGUGGCAAUCGCUGGUGAAAGGUGUCGCUGCGUCGUGUACCUACACAACAAGACAACCAUGGCGACUGCCAAGUUAGCUAUUGUUGUUAUUUGGCUAGUCGCAAUGGCGAUCAUGUGUCCAGCUGCAGUUGCAUUGACUGUGCAGGAAAUCCCUUUGCACUACAUUGUCUACAAUGAUGAUGCUGACUUCAACCACACACUACCCCUCUACGCCUGCUAUGAAAACUUUGCCAACCCAAAGAUGACAAAGGUUUACACUGCAUUUCUUUUUACUCAUAUCUACCUUGUUCCACUGACGGUGAUCACACUUAUGUAUGGUACCAUUGGUGCCAAACUCUGUUCAUCCGCGGUUGCUACGGAAAUGCCAAGGAAAGCCAACAUCCAUGGCAGCGAUAGGAGACAGGGUAAGCCAGUGUUCUCACAGAAAAAAAUUCGUGCGAUAAAGAUGCUGGUCCUUGUGACCUUGCUUUUCAUGUUGUCAUGGUUACCACUCUGGACUCUCAUGAUGAUGACAGACUAUGGAGGCUUGGAAAUGGACCAACUGGAUCUAUUGAACAGCUACAUCUUCCCCUUUGCUCACUGGCUGGCUUUUGCCAAUUCCAGCAUUAACCCCGUAAUCUAUGGUUAUUACAAUGACAAUUUUAAAAAAGGAUUCCAGGCGGUGUGCAAUUCCUCAGCCUUUUCAGGUCUACUGCAGUGGCGAGUGUGGAGGAGGAUGAGCACAUGUCUUAGGAGUCGGAGGUCCGCGCAAGUAAUUGUCGAUGGUACCAACUGCAAAAAUAACAGUGGCUCCAACAACCAGCUGUUAUUUGGCAUGAGAAAUAGAGUCCACAAUGAUUCAACACCGACUAGGGAGGACUGUGUGGCGGCCGUGGCAAGGAGGGGUGCUUCGCAUCAAGGAAAUCCAGGGAUAGAAAUGGAAACAAUCAAAAAGAAAGGCAGCUGCAGUAAGGCGUUGCAAAAGGACAGCCCACUGUCGGUUUCACUGCAUCAAGCAUGGGAUAACUGAAUAUACACCAAACUAACCAAAAUGAAACAUUGGAUGAUCUUGAAAAAAAUG